UGUCAUACUCCCUGCGCGGUCAAUAUCACAAAUGACAUUAUCAUCAAGUUAAUUACAAUGGCACUAAGUCAGCAAUCUCCACCACACAAAGCAGUGGAUGGCAAACUGUGUGUUUUGGGCAUUUGUGACGCCUACAAGCUCCAAAAAUGGAUAAUUUGUGUUAGCUUUGUACAUAAUAACAAUGGUCUACCACUGUUUUCAAGUAAAUAGUGGCAAAGGUCAGAGAUUAAGGAUAUUAAGACGAUGAUAUGUUCAGUAAUUUGCAUGGGUGAUAUUAACGUAAAUGAAAAUUUUUACUAUUAAAGUGAAUGUUGAUGAAGGUGCAACGAUGCGAUACGUAGAAAAGGUUUUACUGACUUGGCUAUUGGUGCAACAGGUAAGCGACGUUGUUAGCGUCUGUAGACUGACUCGAACGGCAACGUGUGCCAUUUUGACGUGCGCGGAGCUCAGCCAGCGGAAUCUGACAGACAUAGAUACCCAAUAUGUUUUCUCACGUAGUUGCAUUGAUUUGCGUAUAAUGAGCUCGAAUAUCACCAAUUUGGAUUUCAAAUUCAAUGUCAAAAGACCAUUUCAAUAUCGUUCAAUUAAGGUGACUAGGAGCCACGUUAGAAACAUCGACAGUGCUAGCUUUGUGGGAUUGGAAAAUUUGCAGAAACUAGUUUUAGAUGGUAACAGCUUGGAAAGGGUGUCAUUCGAUGAGGAUUCCUUCAAAAGUCUAACGGAACUGAGUUUGGUUGGUAACCAGUUGGUGUCAAUUACGGCUCCCAAAAUUGAUACCUUGCAAAUUUUAAAGUUAGACCACAACAGACUUAAUGGACUUUCUCUGUGUAACUUCAAAAAUUUGGAAGGUGUAACUUUAAAUGAUAACGAGCUCGUCGAUAUCAGUACGAGUUUCGGUUGUAAAAUCCCACUCAAGUCUCUGAAUUUGGGCUUCAAUCGAAUAGACAACCUGGAACUUAACACGUUUGCGUUUCUCUCUGAUUUGGAGACGCUCUACUUGAACGACAACCUCAUCAAAGCUUUAAACAUAAGCGUCUUUGAUAGAUGCCUGAGCUUGAAAUACUUGUAUCUGCAAAAUAACAAGCUGAGGACCAUCACCGCGAAUAGCUUCGACGGAUUGAACCAUCUCAGGGUCCUCACUUUGGAAGGAAACGGGCUGACGUACAUAAACCCGUAUUCCUUUGAAGAUUUGCGGAGGUUAUCGCAUUUGGGGUUGCAAGGUAAUCAACUGCGUCGCCUAGAAUCGUACGCCUUCAGCGGCUUGGAAAGCUUGCGCAAACUGGAUCUGGACGAUCUCAACAUUUCCGUGAUACGCGAGCACGCCUUCCACGGCCUGAGUAACUUGGAAUCGUUACAAAUGCGCAACAACGUAUUCCGCACAAUCUCAAUUUAUGGACUGACAAAUCUGCGAAUCCUAAACUUAGACGGUAACUUAGAUCUAGACUCGCUCAGAAUUGUCAAUUUAACCAAACUGGAUAAGCUGAUCUUGCCCAAAAACGUCAGUGGGCACAUUAUGUUGCAGCAGUCGCCCUUCGUGGGGCUAAGCUCGUUGAAGGAGCUGGACAUGUCCGUGUUAAAGGUGACCUUCUUCCCUUCGUUUGAAUUCAGCGGCGUAGAAAAUCUGGAGACUCUCAACUUUAGUAGGAACUCACUUUUACGUUUGGUAAACGCACAGUUCGCCCAGAUGCCGAGGUUGGUCAACUUGGAUUUAUCGCACAAUUCAAUUGGGGUGAUCGGGACGAGUGCGUUUGACGGACUGGAAAACUUAAGGUGUUUGAACUUGAGUGGAAAUUCCGUGCGGGCUCUGGACAAGCAUCGGUUUCAGGGGUUGCCGCAGCUGGUUUCCUUGGUGAUGCGAGACAGUGGGGUCAAAUACGUUCAACCGGAUGCUUUCAGCGGACUGUUGAAGUUAAAGAGUUUGGAGCUGGAUCGGAACAGCAUUGAGAGUUUGGGCGCUAAGGUCUUCGCCGGCCUCGCCGAUUUGGAGGUGUUGAGUUUGGAGCAGAACAGCAUCAAGUACGUUAGGAGCUAUGCGUUUGAUUCGCUUCAGAAGCUAAAAUCGCUGAACUUGGCAGGAAACUCCAUUGCAUUUCUCGAAGAAAACGCCUUUUCUGGUCUAAUCUCUAUGGAGGCUUUGCGUUUGUCUAGUUUGCAAGUGUUGGAGGUGGUUCCGGGUGCGUUUAACGGAAUGGAAAGCUUGGUCAGUCUGGAUCUGGGAGACAAUCACAUUACGCGGUUGCUUCCGGAGACUUUCUCAGGGUUAGCCCGGCUGGAAUACCUCUCUUUGUCAAACAACAGUUUGUCGGUGAUUGAACCUUACUCAUUCUCAAAUCUGAGCCAGCUGAACACGCUUGUCUUAAUGUACAACAAUAUAACUCGGUUAAAAGCGAACGGCUUUCAAGGCCUUUCCAAUCUCAAACAACUCAACUUAAGUCAACUGUCGAUUGAGGAAAUUGAGGGUGAUGCAUUUAUGGGUCUGGGAAACCUGCUUUCUCUAAAUCUGUUUGAAAAUCCCAUACGCAGCUUGGACCGUAAUACAUUUAAUGGACUGGGCCGACUAUACAAUCUCACCCUCAACAAAGGCCUCACCGAAAUCAGACCUGGAGCAUUUAUGAGAAUGGAGCAUUUAGAACAUCUGGUCAUUACCGAUGCGACCCUAUCUAAAAUUUCUUCCGGUACCUUCGACGGAUUGGUAUACUUGGCGCUUCUUCAAUUUCAAAAUAGUCAGAUUGGGAGCAUUGAAAGUAGGGCGUUUGAAUUUAAAAUGAUUUGGGGACUAACCUUCGAAAACUGCACAAUUUCCACCUUAGAGUCUGAAGCCUUUGCAGACUUGAGCGUGAUGGAACUACCCAAAUUUGCCAACCUUUCAAUCGGAAUACUCAAUCCGGGCACCUUCCGCGGCCUCCAUACGCGCACACAGGCGUUGAACUUGUCCCACAACCAGAUCGAAGUUCUUGAGCCCAACACUUUUGAAAGUCUCGAUGAGCUUUUCAUCCUUGACCUGAACCACAACCGAAUACGCAGGAUCGAAUCGGGUGCUUUUUCCACCUUGGUCAAUGUCCGCAACCUUGUCCUCUCCAACAAUCGCCUAGAAAGCUUACCUUCUGACGUAUUCGCACCUUUGGACUCACUGCAUCGGCUGGACUUGUCCUACAAUCAACUCCAAAGCUACGAAACGUUCACAUCGACAUCCCGUCUGCAACAUUUACAACUAUCGCACAACAGAAUAUCGCGACUUGCACCGGGGGCGUUCGCAAACUUCGCACAUUUACAAAGCUUAGAUCUGAGCAAUAACCUACUUAGCAGCGUUCACGAUUCGCUUGCAGAUCUACGACGCCUAACGACGCUGGAUUUGUCCAGUAACCAAAUUGGCACUUUGGCGUGGAAAAACUGGGACCAGCUACAACGUUUGAACAUCAACUCCAACCACUUGCGGGCACUCAACAUCGAGGUGCUCUUACGCGCCGCCCCAAACCUUAAGAGGAUGAGCCUAUUCGACAAUUAUUUCGUGUGCUCCCAUCUGCAUGAUUCGCUCGACAAGUUGUCAUUAGCUCAGGUUAGCAUUGUAACAGGUAGCAUAGCCACUUGCAUUCCAGACGAAGACCCUGAUCCUGCUUUAUCAAUACACGAGUUAACUCUAAACUUAACUGGGAAACUUCUGGCAGAACUGAGUGCCGUUCCCAUGGAGCCUUCGUUGAAUAUUAGCUUGGAGAUACACGAAGAGAUAGACGAAGAGGUUGAGCCAAGCACGUUUCGUAUUUUUGAAGUGAUACUAGUUAUUCUUUGUAUUUUAGUAUUAGUUAGGUUAAGUUUUGGGUUUUAUACAUCAUGUAAGGCUAGUGCACAGAGGAGGAGGCGAGAAGGCGAAGAGGUAGAAUUAAACAAUGAUUUGUAGAUUAAAUUUAAUUGACU